AAUUACUUCAAUUUCAGACGUAACCGGGUUUAUUUAGUGUGCUCAUACGCCUUACAUCCCCGAACAGUGCCGUAUACAGAGUGGUUUUACUGGAGGACAUUGUGUAUGCUCUUCGCAGAGAAGCCUACAGCUGUUUUGGAACAAGCUAGGCAGCUAGCUGGAAAACAAACUGCCUCACGUUUGUUGUUUGGUUUUGGACUAUUUGCAUGGCAAACAAUUCCUGUCAUUUUCUAACCAAAGCAGAAAUGGACUCGAAAGGUAAUUAAGGAGGUAAUAGACCAGAUCUUCUGGGCCGAAAAUUAAGCAUCCUGUGCGCAAAGCAACAGUCUGCAACCAACUAUUCUUCGCCUUCCGAGAAAUCAGUCUGGUCAAAACUCCAGUCCAAACCCACAGUCCCCUCUUAAGUUACAGAGUAAACAUUCAGUGAUGUGGUAUGGCAAACGCCACUGUUGUGUGGGGUACUGAAGGCAAGCCAUCCCACAGACAACAGGGUCGUCAGGAGGAUCUGAAUAUUUGCUUAUAGGAGGUCAUGCAAUAACAGCGUCUGCAGCAUCAGCACUCACCAUGAAGCUGAACGAGCGCAGCGUGGCCCACUAUGCCACCUGCGACACCCCUCCCGACAAGACGGGCUUCCUUCUGAAGAAGGGCGAGCGCAACACGGCCUACCACCGGCGCUGGUGUGUCCUGAAGGGAAACAUGCUCUUCUAUUUCGAGGAGCGCGAGAGCAAGGAGCCCAUUGGCGUCAUCGUGCUGGAGGGCUGCACGGUGGAGCUGUGCGAGUCGGCCGAGUCGGAGUUCGCCUUCGCCAUCAAGUUCGAGUGCGCGCGCGCCCGCAUCUACAAGAUGGCCGCCGAGAGCCAGGCGGGCAUGGAGUCGUGGGUGAAGGCGCUGUCGCGCGCCAGCUUCGACUACAUGCGGCUGGUGGUGCGAGAGCUGGAGAAACAGCUGGAGGAUCUGCAGGACGUCGGGGCACGCAGGGCCAGAUCAUUCCGGAAGCCGAAUGGGACACAGCCACAACUUGGGGUGUUGUCAUUGUCAUCAUGUCCAAAAUCAGCCGUGUCAGCAGGGGGCGCUCUCACAGUGUCCUCGUCCGGCUCAUCUCAAGGACCUACUGUUGCACCUGGCUCAGUGCCGGGCCAACCUGAGGACGCCCACUCUCAGACUGGCCACGGGGGCAAGGAGAACGGGGUGGCCUGGAGCAAGCCCUGCGGCAUGACCAACGGGGUCUCCGACACCACGGGUGUGGUGUGGGACGCCGAUGGAAGCGGGGGGAGGGGGGACGGCAGCUUCAGGCCCCCGCCGGUACCUCCGCGACGUAGGGGCGGCUCGGGCUCGUUUGGAGGGGCCCCGGGGACUUUGGAGAGCCCCUUCUCCCCCGAGACAAGCUGCUUCUCCAAGCUGCACGACUGGUACGGGAAGGAGGUGGCGGAACUGCGCAUCGAAUGGCUGCAGAGCCAGUAGAGGCUAGCGAGGCCAGCAAGAUCUAGGCCGAAUCCGAAGGGGUCACUCUGUGGUGCACUAUGGGUACAAGUCAAACUACUUUCUCGCAUCCUUUCCUAGUCCUCCCGUCCUCUUGUCUUGGUGUUGCCCCCCUCCUUCAUCCAUAAAGAAAACAAUACACUUUCCCCCAGAACCAGUGGAAAGUGACUUUUGGGAGUCUCUAACCCAUUCAACAUUUUGACUGCAAAUGAGAGAAUGACCUUUCAAGUGUGCUUUUCGAAAUAUUGGGAAAAAAAUAGGUCAUCAGUGACACUGAGGCCACAGGAAAGGACGAGAAGAAGGAGCUAACUUGCACCCUAUGUAUUUUUCACUGUGUAGCGCACUAUGGAGUGAACUUAUACAAUGGAAGUCACGCGGCCUAUGUAGUAAAUGGGUAAACAUUUCGCACAGCCCAUGCAUCACGCUGGAUCAAAAAAUGUUCAUUUUGUAGUGCACAAUAUAGAGAACAAAAUGAUGGAAGUUGCACAGCCUUUGUAGUGAGCCGAUGAGCAUUUCAAAUACUAAUCAGAUGUUAUUUGAUUUGGAGUGUCCUGCACAUCUUCAUCACAAAGGAUGCGCCACUGCAAACUACCAUCAGACAUCAGACACCAUUAAGCAUAUCUAUCUUUGUAUUAAAAGCAUGACAUUUGGUAGAUUUGUCCAUUUAAUUUGAUGCUUUUACUGCCAUACGAACAGUUGCCAAUAUGAACUUAACAGCCACACCAUUAGCAUAGGAAGAAGAGAGUGUACUGUACUUAAGAUUCCUAACCAGCAGAACAGAGGGAGAGGGCUGCAGCAGAUGAAGUGGUGAAUGUGGCACUUGACUUAUCUGGUCUUGUCUGGACACAUGGUGUUUCCUCUAUCCAGCGGGGAGAUACUGUAGCGGACUAUGACAACACUACUCAUGUUCAUUGUUCUCAUGUGUUUUUACAAAAUGAGGGACAAUAUUUCAAAUUGUUGUAUGCUGUUUUUUUCGUCUUUAAAUAAGACUUUGAAAAAUGUCAGUGUUAACAUUUCAUAUUUGCAACACUAUCAGAUAGUAUACACAUGGGCCAGAUGGUGAUGUUUCUCCAUUCUUUCUUCUCUCCGUCUUAAAGUCAUUUGUGUUGGACCAGCUUUUGUAGCUUAUGCAAAGGUGACCGUGCUUGGGACUUUGCCUUAUGCUGUGGUUGCAAGGACAUCAACAUUUUCUUAAUUCAGAUAGUCUUUGUUAAAAACGGUUUACAUAGCAAUUGGGUGCUGAAUCUUUUUUUUCACCAUUGCCUUUAAAUGUUUAUGCCAAAGGGCAGGGAUAUCACGGCAGUCAUGUAGAUACGUUUGCUAUCUGGCCAUUAAAAACAAGACUAUUAUUGUUUAGUGGAUACUUGUUUGUCAGUUAAGUUUUGGCUCGAUGGGCACAGAUGCCCUGGGGAUAAACACAGUGACGGAACAGGAAACUCUCUCUCUCUCUCUCUCUCUCUCUCUCUCUCUCUCUCUCUCUCUCUCUCUCUCUCUCUCUCUCUCUCUCUCUCUCUCUCUCCUCUUCCCCUUUAUCAGACGGACAAUGGCUCUCAGUGUAUCAAGCCAGCACCACCCCUCGCCAA